AUGAAUCCAUUUGCUCCUAUAAGAAACAUCGAUGGUCUAUCAAACAAGUACACGGACAAUCUCUUCGAAUAUGCAGCGCGACCCUUCUGUACUCAAGCACUGCCCAGAUGUGGAUCCAAGUACCUAUUUUGUGACCUUUCCCAUGGCCAACCACGUUGUGCAGCUAAAGUGAGAAUAGGAGGCACAUGUACUGGCUUUGUCAGCGGAGAGAAUCCAUGCUACAAUGGUGCUUGUAUGGGAGGACGAUGUGUAGCUGCGGAAGGAAUUCUACCAACACCGCCACCACGUCCCAUUACAACGUUGGCUCCAGUUGUUGUUGCUCCACAGGAGACGUGCUUCAACGAGAACCAGUGCUGUGCCCCAUGGGCAGCAACCGGUGAAUGCACUCGAAACGAGCCCUACAUGAGCGAAUGGUGCAAAGCUAGUUGUGGCCUUUGCAGAACGCAAUAUAAGCUGGUUGACGAUUGCUCUGAUCGUCACAAGAACUGCAAGACAUGGGCGAGUUCAGGCGAAUGUCAGAAGAAUGUCCUAUGGAUGACGGAAAAUUGCAGAAGUUCAUGUGGGAAAUGUGGACAGACAAGAGCUCAAGCUUGUGGUGGAGGUGCAGCAGGUACGCAUCCUUUGCCACGACUACAGUCGUUCCACAGCAGCCGACAUGUAAAGCAACAGAAGGAUGCUACAACGAAAACGUAUGCUGCGCGUAUUGGAGUUUGCUUCGGUGAAUGCCGUAAAACGCCUGCUUGGAUGGCCUGCAAUUGCAGAGUUUCAUGCGGUCACUGUACUCCUUUGGAUUACCCAUAUGGAUCUUGCUUUGAUUAUCAUCGUGAUUGCUCUGGAUGGGCUCGACAGGGUGAAUGCGAGAAGAACCCGUGGAUGUCGGAAAAUUGCCGUGCGUCGUGCAGAACAUGUUACUCACAAUGGGAUCUCAGAAGGAUGUGUCGUGGUGCUGUUGGUACCGUGGCGCCAGUUGCAACAAAUCGUCCGCAAUCAAUCGCCCGCCUCCUGCCUGGCAACCAAGCUUUCAAGGUGGUGGAGGUGGUGGAUUCGGGUUCGAAGACUUUAGCGGUGGCAUGGGAGGUCUCAUGGAUUGGGGAAAUGGAGGCGGAGGAGGUGGAUUCGGAAAUGGAUGGGGUGGACCGCCACCAAUGUUCCGACAACCACUCCCGACGUUUACGUGGUUCCGAAGAAGGGCAAAAAGGGAUUGAUGUGGUUACUCUUGAAUUUGUGUCAAACACGGUUAGCUAUGAAAGGGUUUUUAGAUGUUGCGCUUUGUUGCUUAUCAUUUUUACUCAUUUACUCAUUGCCGUUCUAAAGCCUUAUGAGAGUGGCUCAAUGAGCCGCAAAGUGCAUUUGCUUUGA